GACGAAAAGUGACAUCACGUGCAGUGACGCACUUCGUUUCCUCAGGCAGCUCAUUGGUGGCGAUUACCUCGUCCUUGUCGGGAAAUAUCCACAAAGUACUAUUACACUAACAAAAUGGGAACUCGAGAUGAUGAAUACGAUUAUUUAUUUAAAGUUGUGCUUAUAGGAGACUCCGGGGUGGGGAAGAGUAACCUGCUGUCCCGUUUCACGAGAAAUGAGUUCAACCUGGAGAGCAAGAGCACCAUCGGGGUGGAGUUCGCCACACGCAGUUUGCAGGUGGACGGCAAGACCAUCAAGGCUCAAAUUUGGGACACCGCUGGACAGGAGCGCUACAGAGCCAUCACCUCGGCGUAUUAUCGCGGCGCGGUCGGGGCGCUGCUGGUAUACGACAUCGCCAAACACCUGACGUAUGAGAAUGUGGAGCGCUGGCUGAAGGAGCUGAGGGACCACGCCGACAACAACAUUGUUAUAAUGCUGGUCGGCAACAAAAGCGACCUACGGCACCUCAGGGCCGUGCCCACUGACGAGGCUCGGGCCUUUUCGGAAAAAAACACGCUGUCCUUCAUCGAAACCUCUGCCUUGGACUCCACCAACGUAGAAGAAGCAUUCAAGAACAUUCUCACCGAAAUCUACCGCAUUGUAUCUCAGAAACAAAUAUCGGACAGAUCGGCACACGACGAUUCCCCGGGAAACAACGUGGUCGACAUCAGCGUCCCGCCCACCAUUGAUGGACAGAAGGGCAACAAACUGGCAUGCUGCCAAAGCUUGUGAAGCCCCUCCUCCCUAUUCUUUCUCACUUUUGACUUUGAUCAUCUGCCUUUUUGCUGCUUUACUUGCAGGAUUGCUGAGACUGAAGACCCGGUAUUUUUAUGUUUCAAUUUACACAGAGCUAACUGACCGUGGGCAGGAUUUCCCUUCAAAUAAGAAUCUGACUUCUAGGUGAAAAUCAAAUAACGAUUGCUUUCAACACAACUGGACGGUCGGGGUAUGACAUGGCACGCCGUUCUUUAUGGAGGUUAAUUUGUGUCUUUUUAUUACGAAAGCUUUUUUUUAUUUGACACUAAAAAUAUGUAACUGAUUUUUUUUUCGUUUGAGCUGAAUUCUUUUUACAUAGAAUCAUUUAAAAAAAAAAGUUUUUUAAAAUUCAGUGUGUAAAAAAUGUAUUGUAAAAAAAUUGUGCUAACAAAUUCAGUGUCGAAAAAUUUGCUGCUUCAAAAAUCAUGUCAUGUCAUAUAAUUCUGUAAAAAAAAAAAAAAAAAUUAUUUUUGAGAUGGUUUGUUUCGUUAAUAAGUAAUACACAUUUAAUAGGACACUUAGAAUGUACAUGAAAAUGCAGAAUGUGGGAUUUACAAUAUUAGCUAUGAACAAUAAAACACUGAAUAUUGAGAAUAUAUUAACGUCGCACCUCUACUUCCCAAGUUCCCAAACCACGAACUCGAUCGACAUAUUUUAUAAUCGAGCAAGAACAACAAAGGUGUGACAAACAUGGCAUAACAUAAAGGCCCAGGGUAAAAACAAUCCACUUAUUUCUAAAAAAAUACCAGAGUUUUGCAGGACUUUGUCGUAGGAAUAUUCUUCCGUCAGACACUCACAAUCAGGCUUUUUUGCUCUGUAAACAAGCCCCACUCACUCUUUUUGUGCCUGGUCUGCAUAAAGCAUAGUUUAUGGUGUACUAUACCAAGGUAGCCCAGUGAACUGCCUUUUUAUGCUGUUUUGCAUGACCCGUGUCAUGUGACUUCAAACUUGACACCUCAUUGCCUGGUUUUGACCCCGGAUCGAUUGCUUCAGUCUUAAUUUAGUGGAAAAGUCUUGCUUUUGGAGCAGCACAUUAUUCAGCACUGAUUUUUUGUUUUGUUCACUGAAUUUCAAAUCACAUAAUUUUUUGCAAUAACUGUCAAUAUAAUUUAAUGUAAAAAAAAAAGAACAAAAAAAAAUCAGUUCCCAAAAUUCAAACGCUAGACAUUCAGUGUCAAAACACGCUUUAGUAAUAAAGACACAAAUUAACCUCCAGAGCUGUGAUGCUUUCCGUCAUCCCCAUACCCACAGUAACUAUCCCACCUCUGUAACUACCUCCAAAUACUGACAAUUGCUGAGUUGGCUUCAUCCCUACCUUUCUGUCUUGGUGCCCUUUGUACAGGGUGAGGGCGUAAAAAUGCCGGCUUUUUCAGUCAGUGUGAAAGGGGCUUGUGUCUGAUGCUUGCUGUUGCUGAGUCCACCAUGAGUCAAAUUCCUGUCACUAACGAUCCCAUUGACCCACUGAUGUGAACACGGUGGCGAGGGAUCUUAGUGUUCCGUGAUUCCUACCUUGUCCUGUACAUGUGACACGUCAUGCCGCAGUGCAAACCCCCUUUCAUGCCUGCUCGACCUAACUCGUCUUCUCAUAUGCGAGAAUGGAGUGUGCUUAUUUAACCAUACAAUGUGGAUUUCCCCCCCCCCAUUUUUGAGGGGUGAGGAGUUGGCAGGAGCCAGAAAGCAGCCUGGCUGUGACUGUCUUGACUCAGUAUGGGCAAAUAUGAAUGAACCGUUCAAUUUUUUUUAUAUUACAGGACACCAAAGGAGGACGGAUGCAAUCAUUAGCACAACUAGCAAAGCUUUUUGCAAGCAUGAGCAAAUGUGAGUAAAUUAGUGUUUGUUUGGGCUUUGUGUGUUUGCGUGCGUGUGUGUAUACCACUUUAAAAGUUAAAAAAAACAAACAUUUGCACUUCCAAUCAUUUCAAUGUUUCAUACCCAGAUGUUCUUAACACUGGUGUGACCUUUUGAGAAAUAAAUGUGUCAUCUGAUUGCAUUUAUAUGGGAACAUGAAUAACACUCCCUUUUGAGAAACAUCCAGUAAAAGUUUAUCCAUUGAGAAAAGAGAACCUGUAAGCAUGCGUGACUUGUUGCAUCAAAACAUUUCCCUUUUCUUCAACGUUAGGACUAAAAAUUGCUGAUGCAUCAAUAAAGACCAUUUGUAUAA